AUGAUUUCCAACGUGCAGGAUUGUUAUCCUGAUUUGGUCGAGCAAGAGAUGAUAAAAAAGAUCGAUCCAUGCACACUGUCCGACAUAGUAGGGGAGUUUCAAUAUCUCGGUGCCUAUCAACGAACGCAGGAGACCUACUGCCCGCCACCAAGUACAAUUCAUCAGAUUUAGACGAGCUUCCAAUCACUCUUGAUGCAAACAAGACUUCUUGUUUAAAUUGAAUAGGCAAGCCAAUCUUGUAGUUUUUCUUUUUGUCUACACCAGAAUUAUAAGAAAAAUCGAUUCAUCUUUAGUACAAUUGAAGUCUCCUUAGCGUACUAGAUAAAUCUCCAGGUAUUCAGAUGGUGAAGUCCUUGAUAGUGGAGCACUGCAUUUUGCCGCUUUCAUCUCUGUCAAUAAGACAAAAAAUCCCUUAUGCUGCAAGGAGUUUGCUUCUUUACGGGCCAAAGGGAAGCGGCAAGACAAUGGUACUUGUUCUAUGUGAUUCCUUAAUACUUGCAUGAAUUUCAUGCCGAACGCAACACGAUAUUAAGUAUACUCUUGUACUUGUAGCCUCUGAGAAUUUGAAUGUCGAGGUCACGCGGCUUGAUUUUACUUGAGAUUUAUGAUGAAGCCGCAUGAACAUCUUGUUCCAAUGAAUCCUACUCUCAGUUUGCCCGCUCAAUCGCAACCGAGCUCGGCGCGACCUUUUUCGAUAUUUCUCCGAGCGUCAUAGAAGGAAAAUACACUAUGGCUAAGACUGGUGCGGCGUUGCUCAUAUACAAAGUCUUCCUAGUGGCACAGGAUUGCGCACCAAGUGUGGUCUACAUCGACCAAAUCGAUCAGAUCUUUCAAGCCACAAAAAAGAAGAAAGGUGCAGACGCAGAUGCGCCAAGCAGAAUAAAGAAGGAUCUGAUCGCAGCGAUCAAACAAGUACAUUUCUAAGCACCGUGCCUUGUUAUUUACAACUUCAAGUGCAUAGAAGUGAUGAUCCGUGAAUCGAAGUAACUUACAUCUUGAAUGUUAAAAACAGAAUGAAAGGCAGACUGUGAACACAACGCCGGUGUCUCUGCCUGUAUCUAUCUGUAUCUCCUGUAUCUAGACCUGUACUUAUCUAAAAUUGAAGUAGUUUCCCUCGAUCGACCGACCCACAUCCUACCCAGAUCAAGACCGGGGCAGACAGUACAAAUGGAGACCGCGUAUUGUUUGUAGGGUGCACGAGCAAGCCACACGGCGAAGGCGUGGACGUCAAAGGACUGAAAGACAUCUUCGAUGAAUUUGUCUACUUGUCCUUCCCAGACUACGGAAGUUCACUCAAGCUCUGGCGACACUUCAUUUAUGGAAUUGAAUUUCAUUUUGAGGCCUUGAUGAUUGUACCUAUCAUUUCUAUUGCAACACUUUGAAUAGAUACUUCUCAUUUUAGUAAUUUAAAUUUAGAUUUUCUUGAAAGAUUCACAUGGGCACCAGAAACAAUCUCGUGUCAACAGAAAAGCCAACAACGUGGUUGAGUAGCGGUUUUUUUAGAUGCCAACCACUCCAGCCAAUCGCAAACCUACCUUUAAUCUGAUGAAAAGAAGGGCGUGACAGUGGACCCGAUUAAGUUCAACAUGAGCAAUCUGGCCAAGGUCAGUGUCGGCUAUGCCGCAGGCAGUGUGAAGCAAGCAGUGGAUCGGGUUUUGACGACAAGGCGCGUUCAACAGCUGAACAUGCGACCACUUGGCAUGGGCGAGUUCCUAGGCCCCCUCUCGCGAACCUCCUACACCUGGCCAGAAGAGUGGCACGAAAUGCGUGAAUUCGACCACGUAAUUACGGACGAAAAAGACCGCCGAGAACGAGCGCUCGCUGCAAUGGCGGCUGCUGCGGGCUAGAUAAGCGAGGGGAGGAUGUUGUAGUUGCUCAUUCUUAUAUGCAACGUUUUGGAGGAUUACGAGAGGGUUUAUCUCUCAAAUCGUACAUUCAAAAAAGUCCGCUUCUUUGACAAUCGCGAGUCCCGUAAGAAAGUGUAUGUUUUUGCCUAACCUGGAAAUAAUAGUUAUCGAUUGAGACUUUCUAUUUCUUGUUGUUUUGUUUUGUUUAUGUUUUCCGUUCGUUCCAAUAAGGAAAUUCUCGCAGCUUGUGCCGGGUAAGACAUCACAAGACUGUAGUAGCUGAAAUUGUUCCAUUCUUGGGUGCUAAUUAUAAAUAUCCGUUCGAAUUGACUUUCUCAAAAUCAUGGUCGAUUAUGAAGCUGAAUUUCAAGAGCAAGAUGCAAAUUAAAAUGAUCGCAAAUGAAAGACCAACGCUCAACUACGGUCUGCCAUUUUUCGUGCCGACCAACAAGAUACAGCAGACGGGGUUGUGGCAUAAUCUUAGUGCGGUUCUAUUCAUUAAAAGGCAAUCAAGUAAAACACGGCACUUCUAUUUACUAUCCAUCGUAUGCACAGGCGGGACCGGAAGACGCUCCAUAACGUCAUUAGUAGAAUGAAUGCAUCUACUGCAACCGCGUUGUCCCUGAUCAUGUUGUAAUGUUCCAUUACAACCUAUUUGUAACGACAUCCCCCAAGGAGACGCUUUGUUAUGGUCCCCAAUUCCUUUCAAAUUUCCUACUAAUGAUCGUCUCGUCAUUUUCUAAAGCUUGAGCACAU